UUAGAACAUAACUUUGAGUCUUUCAUUAACCCUACAAGAAUGUCUUCCUUUGUCUUGCUGUUGUGUCUCUUUGUCUUACUGAGUCUUAGCGAGGCGGCCAAAAACUACGGCGCGGCCUUGCAGAAGUCCAUUUUGUUCUAUGACGCGCAAAGGUCAGGUAAACUUCCAGCCAACAAUCCCGUUCAUUGGAGAGGAGACUCUGCCCUGCACGACUGUGUGGUCGGAGGAUGGUACGACGCUGGUGACCACGUCAAGUUCGGACUGCCCAUGUCUGCUAGUACUACAUUACUACUGUGGGGACUCAUUCAAUUCAAGAGUGGCUAUGUCCGAGCUAACCAAUUGAAUCAAAUGUACGACUCCAUCAAGUGGCCCCUGGACUACUUCCUUCACGCCUGGAACCCCUCUACUCACACACUGACUGUUCAGGUCGGCGAUGGCAACGCUGAUCACGCCUGGUGGGGCCGCCCUGAAGACAUGACCAUGGCCAGGCCAUGCCAGACAGUGACCACUUCACGCAAGGGCAGUGACAUUGCUGCAGGAACUGCCGCGGCUCUGGCUGCAGGCUCCAUAGCUUUCAAGGACAAAGGGGACGCAGCAUACAGCAAUCAGCUUCUAAGUGCAGCUGAAAGUCUGUAUGCUUUCGCCAAAGCAAACAGGGGCGUGUUCACCGGCUCCGCAGGCUUCUAUUCAUCAAGUGGAGAUAAAGACGAGCUGUGUGAGGCCAGUAUCUGGUUGUACAAAGCCACGAAACACGCCAAUUACCUGAAUGACGCCAAAUCUUUUGUUGAGACAACUCCAGCCUGGGGCCUUGGAUGGGAUGACAAGAAAGUGGAAUGCCAACUGCUCCUGUUUCAGGAGACUCAUGACGCUCACUACAGAGAUGCGGUGGUAGCUUUCCUCCACAGUUGGCAGCCUGGUGGCUCAGUGCCGUACACACCAUGUGGUCUGGCCUGGAGAGAUAAAUGGGGAUCUGCCAGGUACGCUGGGAACUCCGCCUUGUUAGCUCUUGUGGCUGCUGAAGCUGGAAUAGAUGCUGCCAAGAAUCGCCAGUGGGCUACAGAACAAAUCAACUAUUUGUUAGGAGACAACCACCACGCCGGAGGCUGCUACAGCUUCGAGAUUGGAUACGGCUCUAAGUAUCCAACCCAGCCCCAUCACAGGGGCGCCUCAUGCCCUAACAGACCAGCCCCUUGCGGUUGGGAUCAGUUCAACUCUCAUUCGGCAAACCCCCAGGUUCUUCAAGGGGCAUUGGUUGGCGGACCUGACGAGAAUGAUAAUUACACCGACCUGAGAAAUGACUUUGUCCACAACGAGGUGGCCACAGAUUAUAAUUCAGGUUUCCAGGGCGCUCUUGCUGGCAUCCUUCAUCUGCAGGCUGCUAAUGCUCUACCGGCCACACACAACAAAUGUCCCUGCAAUCAAUAGAUUCUUAAAAUUAGCAUGCGACCAGUAACUUAUAAUCAGCAGGCCUACGCUGCAACCAAAGAAAUAAAGACAUACAAAGUGCAAAGUGAACUAUUUGUAGUUUAUAACUCUGACAUGUGAUUGUAAAGUGGAUAUAAAUAAAUAAAGUUUGAUCUAAUAUUGGUCA